UCCCGGUCGGCGUCGCGCCUGCCCGCGCGCUCCCGCGUGCCUGCUGGCGCGCUCGCUCCGCCGCCCUCCCCCUCUCCGGUCCGUCUGCGGCAGUUUCCCGACGAGAACCGAGGGUCCCGGCGGCUUCUCAGCGCCCCCAGUCCCAGCGCCGUGCGGGCCGGCCUCGCACCGCCGACAGGCUUUCACUCCAUCACUCAGGCUGGAAUUGGCGGCAGGAUCAGAAUUCACUGCAACCUCGAACUCCUGGGCUCAAGAGAUCCUCCAGCCUCAGCCUCCCAAGUAGCUAGGACUGCAGAUGUACACCACCACACUUGGGACACGUCUCCCAGAGACAGUCUGAUACUCACCUCUCACACCGGAGGUUGCUAUGGAAGCAAACAGCCUGUCUGCAAUGUCAUUGGCAACUACCGGUUCCAACAAAGCCGGGGUGAGGGGGCUUCCGGUGUGGUGAGGCUGGAGAGGCACUUGCUGACAGCAAGAGAGGUGGUCUCGGCGGUGGAUUACUGCCACAGGAUGUCGGUGGUGCACAGGGAUCUGAAGCCGGAGAAUCUCUUACUGGACACCAAGCACAACAUCAAAAUCACCGAUUUUGGCCUAAGUUUACAGUUCACCCUGGGCACUCCACUGCAGACCUGUUGUGGGACCACUUUAUACAUGGCCCCAGAGAUCUUGGAGGGGAAGAAGUAUCACGGCCCCACUGCAGAUGUCUGGAGUCUAGGGGUGGUGCUUUAUGUAUUUAUUACUGGCACCAUGCUUUCUACUGGGGACAAUCCUAAGGAGGUAAUAAGAAAGAUCAGAAGAGGAAAAUACCACAUCCCCUCCUGUGUCUCCAGAGAGUGUAAAAAACUGCUGAAGGGUUUACUGGUGGUAAAUCCACUUGAGAAACACUCUCUCCAGAAAAUUAUGGACAACGAGUGGGUAAACUUAGGACAUACAGAGAAACUGGCACCGUAUGUGGAAGACAAAAUCACCCGCGAUGAGAAACGCAUUGAGAUUCUGCUGAGGAUGGGGUGUAAAGAACAAGACAUCGAGGAGUCUCUGAAACAACAAGGACCUGAUGAAAUCAGUGCCACCUAUAGGUUACUGGAGGAGAAAUCUGUCGAGAAUAACACAGCACCUGGUGUCACGAGAGAGGGAAGAGAAAAUAGCACGGUUUCUAAUCCAGCCUGCCAGCUGCUGCAGAAAACAUUCCUAACAGCGUGGCCACCACACCUCAACUCGGCUCUCAACACCCAGCGAGUUGGCACGGGUUCACUCUGCACCUACAAGAGCUGCAAAACCCAGUGUUUCCUGACUGCCCUGCCAUCAGGAGCCUUUCUCUUGGAGGGAAACCACUGGUCCACACUCCAAGUGGAGGCACUGAUAUUAUCCUGAAAUUGAGGACAAAAUUGAGGAGGACUCUCCCUCAGGAGGGAAGACGAGCCCCGUCAGCCAGGAUUCCCAGCGGAAGCCCCCCGGGUGAAGUCCCCCUCGCUGGGGGCACGUCCAGUGACACUUCGGCACUCGGGCAGCCGCAGGACCUGCAACCUGCCCCACCUGACUGCCCCCCUGCCUCUCCCGUCCCAUCCCGCCACUCUGUCCCUGCGUCCCCGCCAGUGCGGGCGAGAAGGUCCCUGUUCUCCCGCUUCUGCUGCUGCGUGGCAGCUGAUGGAACUUCACAAAACGCUUGUUAAAGAAUGUGCAGCUUUCAGAUGCGUGUGUCAAAGAAAUUAACAAUUUAUAAAGAAAAUAUUAAUUUACCUUU